CUUCCCCUUUUAAAAGCGCUCUCUCUCUCUCUCUGCGGCGCUGUCUUUGCUCUCCGCUCCUAUUCGCUUCCGUCCUCCCUCCGCGGUCUCUUCUCCUUCCCUCUCGAUUCCCGGGCUCCGAUCGAAGCGGAGCUCCACUGCCUCCGCGCCGCCUCUCGACGAGGACAUGGCAUUGCCAACUGGAACUCCUGUUCCUCUGCCAAGUCCGCAAGUGGUUGGCAGUGCGUUUGUUCACCAAUAUUAUCACAUUCUUCAUCAAACACCAGAACAGGUUUUUAGGUUUUAUCAGGAUUCAAGCAUUCUUAGUCGCCCAGAUUCUGAUGGCAUGAUGACUUCAGUAACAACACUGCAAGCUAUCAAUGACAAGAUUAUGUCGUUAGACUUCAAGGACUAUUUUACGAAGAUAGAGACUGUAGAUUCUCAGAUGUCCUACAAGAAUGGUGUGUUUAUUGUUGUUACUGGGUCUUUGACCGGGCUAGAUAAUGUUUGGCGCAAAUUUGCCCAGUCAUUCUUCCUUGCUCCACAGGAAAAUGGAGGUUAUUUUGUCCUAAAUGACGUUUUUAGAUUUGUGAAUGAAAACAAACCAGCGGAAAUGAAUCAGCCAUUAGCAAAUGGUACCAGCAGUGAUGCCCCUAAAACUCCUCUAACUGCUGAACCAGAACCAGCUUCGAUUCAGGAACGUCAUGUGGCAGAGCUUGCAACUCCUCUCUCAGAGGGGGAUGCUGACAAUGGCGAGGAAGUUUUUAACCCAUCAGAGAAUGGUGGUUCGGGAGUUGAAGAUGAGGUUGUUGUGGAUCCACCAGUCCAUGAGAGUCACAACGAUGCUCAACCAGGUUCUGAGACUACUGCUUCUGUGGCCCAUGAGGACGCACCUAAGAAGUCUUAUGCAUCAAUUGUCAAGGUUAUGAAGGGGAGCCCAUCACCAAAACCAGUAUACGUGCCUACUGCUAAGACAAAGCCAUCUCCUGCUAAGCCUGAGAAACCUGCAGUUGUAUCCACAGCACCUGCUCAUGCCUCCGAAACUCCAGUUCCUAAUAGCACUGUCCCUGAGAAUAACUCUCAUGAAGUGGAGGGUCAUUCCAUCUACAUCCGCAACCUGCCUUUGAAUGCAACAGCUGAACAAGUUGAGGAAGAGUUUAAAAAAUUUGGACCUAUUAAGCCUGGUGGUGUCCAAGUUAGAAGCCAUAAGAUUGAGCGCUUUUGUUUUGGCUUUGUUGAGUUUGAGUCACUAAAAUCCAUGCAAGAUGCAAUCAAGGCAUCACCAAUCAUGAUUGGAGGCCGUCAAGCUUAUGUGGAGGAGAAGAGAACCACAACACGGGUUGUUAAUGGUGUCGUUACCAAUAGUGGCAAUGGUAGUGGUGGGAGAGGGCGCUUCCUGUCAGGAAGGGGUAGUUUUCGAAAUGACAGUUUUAGGGGACGUGGAGGCUUUGGAGGCAACAUGGGCUACAGGAGGAAUGAAUUCAGGAACCGAGGUGAGUACACGGGCCGGGGUCGGGGCCAAGCAGCCCGUAUUGGUGAUGGUUAUCAGCAGCGGGUCUUUCAGAAUGGGAAUGGCAGGAUUGGCCAGCCAAUGAGCUGAAGCAGACUGCAGUUUCUGCAUGAAAGUUUUGAAUGAAGGGGAACCUUCCUUGGUGAUGACCAGAACCAGUGACUUUUGUCCUUCUUAACAGAGUAGUUGUCUGUUCUUCAGUGAACAAUGUGAUAUAUGAUUACGAAAACAUGCCAAGGAAACCAUUUUUGACUUGGUUGUUAACAACUGGUGAUAAAAAUUUCAUUUUUUUGAAUGAGGGCAUCCUUAUUCUUUUCUGAUUAA